AUGGAACACAACAGACUCUUCUACAUCAGACAAAUCGGUGACGACGGCAAGAAAUACGUUGGCGUUACUAGUAACAGUAGCCAGAUCAACUCUCAUCUUACUGUGGAACCAAAGAAGGCCAAUGACUACGAUGGCAAGCAAGUCUGGUAUUUUGAUGAUAAUAACCAGCUCGUGAAUGUCUUCACUGGUCACCUCAUUGGUUAUGAUAACUCUGACCCUGGAUUACCCGGUGUCCCUGUCUUGAUGCAAAAGCCAAAUGAACGCAGCCCUGAGUUCCAAUGGGCAUACGAUACGAACACCAAGAGAAUUUAUAACAAGGUCAAGGGACAAGAUGCAGAAUGGUGGCCCCACUAUCAGAAUGAUCGUGCUUACAUUGUAGUCAAGAAAGGAGCUCACCAGGAUCCUAACUGGGACAAGUUUGAAAUCAUCUACAAGAACAAAUAA